AUGAUGUCUAAGAAGUCGGUUGCCAGAGAUUUGAAUAGUCGCUUUUCAAACGCAGCAAGGCGUGCUUACUCGUCAAUUCCUGGUUUAAUUGACCGAAAUUCGGUCGGGCUCGCUGGUCCUUCACAGUUACCUCGCCCUUCUGCUAUUCAAAAUAGACCUAAACCAAAGGGUACAGCUCAUAUAACGAAUCUAAUUGAGUUUCUUACGAAAACCAACUUUGACGGUCAAAUUUCAUUGAAGGCCUUACAAAGUCCGAGUCAAAGGCUGGUCUUCUCAAUAUUCGGUCACAUCAUGUCGUGUUUCUCUCCCAAUUUCUAUAUUCCACAAGGAAAAGGUGAAUUAGAGGACUACUUUAUUAACACUUUGAAGUUGUUCGGUUGCCCAAUUCCUUUAAAACGAAGCACUGUACAAACUCCUGGCGCUCCACACUCUGCCUCUCAAAUCCUCUCUGCCCUGGACUGGCUUCGAGCCGAAUUAUCCGCAUCUGCAGAGAGACAGGAUGAAAUCUUCCUCAGUGAGGGCAAUGAAUCAGUACCAGCGAGUAAAAUUAUCUUCAGCAUGUAUCGAAAAUGCGUUGAGGCAAACUCACCUGAUCCACCAUUACAAAUUCGAGAGGAAUUUGAGCGAGAAAUCGCCAAGAGCUUCGGUUGUCGACCCGAGGAUGUGGAAGAACUAAGAGUUCAAUUGGCGGAACUCAGCAACAAGCCUUCCCUCUCGACUCUCAUUCAAGAGGAACGUGACUUGCGCUCCAACCUGGCUUCACUCGAGCGGGAAAUUGCCGAACAAAAUGAUCGUCUUCACCAACUUAAGAACCGUAUUCCAGAGGCUGAGAUGAAAGCCAACGCAUCUGCAGCUAAUCUACAAGCAAUUUGUUCUCAAGUUGGUGAGACGGCAACGGAAGUUGAGAACCUCGAAAAUCUUGUCGCUUCUCAACGAGCUCAAUAUGGAGACAUUGUCAACGCUUACCAGAAUCUCCAAGAGCGUUAUAAAGAUCGUUGUGCUGUACGCGAUGAUUUACUACGUCAAUUAGACGAACGUUCGAUCGAACUUGUUCGCAUGGACAAGCCCGUAGCACCGGCUCUGGAUGAAUACAACUCUCUCGCUGUUCGAAUGAGUGAUUCUUCCUUGCCUCAAUUAAAAAUGCGCACCUACUUGCAUACUUUCGACGCCCUCAAGGAGAUCCCUAUAAUCUGUUCCGAGUUGGCCGAAGUGCGUACAAAACUAGCUACUCUGGCAGAAAAAAGUCAGGGCGAAGCGGCAGGCAAACGUAAAGAGGCCGAGGCUCUUCGAGAAGAGUGUGUUAGCAUGCGGGAGCAGGUGGGUAAACUCGAACAUGCCAUAGAGGAGUCCAACAAACAGUAUGAAGAGUUCCAGCGUCAAGCUGCCAAGAGGAAGGAGGCCUUCAGCCAGUGGUUAAAGGAGACUGAAGUGGCUAUAGACGAGGCACGACAAUCGGCACUGGCGAAAAACGAGAAUAUAGAAAAGCUGCAAACGGAAAUUCAGCAAAAUACUAAAAACUAUGAAUAUUAUUUGGAUUUGAAUAAGAAAAUGAAGGCAUACGCUGAUAAUUAUGAAAAGGAGUCUGUGGAAUUGCUUCGUGAAGUAAUAAAACGUCUCGAAAUAAAAGCAGCACGAAGAAAGGCCGAGGAAACUGCAAUGAUGGAAGGUAUCUUAGAAUUGGAAUCGGAGUCCUCCCAACUAACUAACGAAUAUGAGUCUCUCCUUGAUGAUGUCAAAUCCUUGGCUAAUCGAAUGUCAAAAUACUCCAAAUAG